AUGGCCUUCGGAAAGCUUUACGGUCUCGCUGAGAACGGUCGUACCCUCUCCAUCCUGGUCGCUGCCAAGCACAACGACCUGGACCUGGAGUUGGUUCAGACUCAGCCCAAUGCCGCUGCCAACACCAGCGCUGAGUACCGCAAGAUCCAGCCCCUUGGCAAGAUCCCUGCUUUCGAGGGUGCCAACGGCUUCAACCUGUCUGAGGCCAUUGCCAUCGCCAUCUAUGUGACCUCCCAGAACGAGAAGACCACCCUUCUGGGCAAGACCAAGCAGGACUAUGCUUCCAUUGUCCGCUGGAUGUCUUACCUCAACAGCGACGUCAUCAGCCGCCUGGCCGGCUGGUACCGCCCUCUUAUGGGUCUCGACCCCUACAACAAGAAGACUGUCGAUGAGACCGUCAAGGCUGUCAAGGCCAACCUGGAUGUUCUCGAGAAGCACCUCACUGAGAACACCUACCUCGUUGGCGAGCGUAUCACUCUUGCUGAUAUCUUCGCUGCCUCUCUCCUGACCCGUGCUUUCGCUACCGUUCUUGACAAGGAGUACCGCAGCAGCUCCCCUGCUCUCACCCGUUGGUUCACCACCGUCGUGAACCAGGACUCCUUCAAGGCCGUCCACCAGGCCAAGUUCGCCGAUGAGUGCAUCAAGUACACCGCUCCUAAGAAGGAGGAGAAGCCCAAGCCCAAGCCCGCUGCCCCCGCUGCCGAGGAGAAGCCCGCUGAGGCCGCCCCCAAGCCCAAGCACCCUCUCGAGGCUCUUGGCCGUCCUACUCUCAUCACCGAUGACGUGAAGCGUGAGUACUCCAACAACGAUGUCCGUACCGUUUUCAUGCCUUGGUUCUGGCAGAACUACAAGCCAGAGGAGUACUCCCUCUGGACCGUCGACUACAAGUACGACAGUGAGCUGAAGCUCACCUUCAUGGCCAACAACCUGAUUGGUGGCUUCCACGCCCGUCUUGAGGCUUCCCGCAAGUACCUCUUCGGUUGCCAGGGUGUCUUCGGUGCCAACUACGCCUGUGUCAUCCGUGGUGUCUUCCUUGUCCGUGGCCAGGAGGCUGCCCCUGCUUUCAGCGUCGGCCCCGACUGGGAGAGCUACGAAUUCAAGAAGCUCGACCACACCUCCGAGGCUGACCGCAAGUACGUUGAGGACAUCUGGUCCUGGGAGGCCCCCGUCACCGUCGAUGGCAAGACCCUCGAGAUGGUUGACGGCCACGUCUUCAAAUAA